GACCCAGCUCUCGUUGACAUGGCAACAACAGGCAGCAUAGAAGGUAUGGAUGACGUCAUGAGAGGAUCGGCAGGGGGGGGUUCUGCCGACACCGUUUCCACCUGGCAAGGAGGAAGUUGUGAGGAGUCUGGAGAGGAAACUUGGAGGCAGGACAAAGGUGUGAAAGUGUUGAGAUGUGAGGAGUGUGCCAAGCAGUUUGGUCGUCUCAGUCUUUUAAAGAGACACAUGCGAAGUCACACUGGGGAGAAACCCUACAAAUGUGAGGAGUGCAGCAGACAGUUCAGUCAGCUGGAUCAUCUGAAGACCCACAUGCGGACUCACACUGGGGAGAAACCCUACAUGUGUGGGGAGUGCAGCGUGCAGUUUAGUCAGCUGGGUGAUCUAAAGAAGCACAUCAGAACUCACACAGGUGAGAAACCCUACAGAUGUGAGGAGUGCAGGAGGCAGUUUAGUGAGCUUGGAAUUCUGAAGAGACACAUGCGGACUCACACUGGUGAGAAACCCUACAAAUGUGAGGAGUGCAGCAGGCAGUUUGGUGAGCUGGGUAGUCUGAAGAAACACCUGCGGACUCACACAGAUAAGAAACCCUACAGGUGUGAGGAGUGCAGCAGACAGUUCAGUCAGCUGAGUAAUCUGAAGACACAUAUACAGACUCACACAGGUGAGAAACCCUACAAUUGUGAGGAGUGUGGAAGGCAGUUCCGUCAUCUAUAUAGCCUGAAGACACACAUGCGGACUCACACAGGGGAGAAACCCUACAGGUGUGAGGAGUGCAGCAGGCAGUUCAGUCGGCUGGGUUAUCUGAAGACUCACAUGCGGACUCACACAGGGGAGAAACCCUACAGGUGUGAGGAGUGUGGCGGCCAGUUCAGUUCGCUUGGUCAUCUAAAGACCCACAUUCGGACUCACACUAGAGAGAAACCCUACAGGUGUGAGGAGUGUGGCAAGCAGUUCAGUCGGCUGGGUGAUCUGAAGACUCACAUGCGGACUCACACUGGAGAGAAACCCUACAUGUGUGAGGAGUGUGGCAAGCAGUUCAGUCGGCUGGGUGAUCUGAAGACUCACAUGCGGACUCACACUGGAGAGAAACCCUACAUGUGUGAGGAGUGCAGCAGGCAGUUUAGUGAGCCGGGUGAUCUGAAGACUCACAUGCGGACUCACACUGGAGAGAAACCCUACAGGUGUGAGGAUUGCAGCAGGCAGUUCAGUGAGCUUGGAAGUCUGAAGAAACACAUGCGGACUCACACUGGUGAGAAACCCUACAGGUGUGAGGAGUGCGGCAGGCAGUUCAGUCGGCUGGGUCAUCUGAAGACUCACAUGCGUACUCACACAGGGGAGAAACCCUACAUGUGUGAGGAGUGCAGCAGGCAGUUCACUGAGCUGGGUAGUCUGAAGAGGCACAUGCGGACUCACACUGGAGAGAAACCCUACAAGUGUGAGGAGUGCGGCAGGCAGUUCAGUCAGCAAGGUAGUCUGAAGAGACACAUGCGGACCCACACAGGGGAGAAACCCUACAUGUGUGAGGGGUGUGGCAAGCAGUUCAGUCAGCUCGGUAGUAUGAAGAUACAUAUGCGGACUCACACUGGGGAGAAACCCUACAGGUGUGAGGAAUGCAGCAGGCAAUUUAUUGAGCUCGGAAAUCUAAAGAAACACAUGCAGACCCACACAGGGGACAAACCCUACAUGUGUGGGGAAUGCAGCUGGCCAUUUAGUCGGCUGGGUAAUCUGAAGACACACAUCCGGGCUCACACAGGUGAGAAACCAUACAGGUGUGGGGAAUGCAGUAGGCAGUUCAGUCGGCUGGAUGAUCUGAAGACACACAUGCGAACUCACACUGGUGAGAAACCGUACACAUGUGGGGAGUGCAGAAGGCAAUUCAGUCGGCUAGGUCAUCUAAAGAUUCACAUGCGGACGCACACUGGGGAGAAACCCUACAUGUGUGAGGAGUGUGGUAGGCAGUUCAGUCAGCUAGGUAGUCUGAAGAUUCACAUGCGAACUCAUACUGGAGAGAAACCCUACAGAUGUGAGGAGUGUGGUAGGCAGUUCAGUCGGCUGAAUGAUCAGAAGACUCACAUGCGGACUCACACUGGUGAAACCCAGAAGAACUGAAAACUGGCUUGCUGUUUAGCACCACAAGUUAUGAGACAAUCUGAGAACCUUUUUGUACAAGAUGUGCAAAGACACUGCAUGGAGGCGAGAAAGCCUACAGGUUGGAUGUGAUAAUAGCAGUGUAGGAAGUUCACAGGAAGACUAUGAUAAUAGCAAAACUGUUUGGUUAUUAGUCUCUGUUAUUCAUGUUGCUUUUUACUUUGAAAGGUA